AUGAAUUUUCCAACAUCUGCAGAGGAAAUAACUAAGCUCCUGCGGGCAAAGGAUACUUCACCUGAUGAAAUCUGCGAUAUCAUUUCGAAAUUCCAUAAACUAGAUUUCUACUUUCCUAAUAAAGAAGUUUUCGUUCUUGAGUUGAUCCAAGAUAGAUGGAAUGAUCAGAAGAAAACAGAGUUUAAAAAUAGUUAUCAAAUAUGGAACGCUUUCAAUAACAUGUGGUUCGAAGUCAAUGAUGAUGUCAUAUUGAAGAAGUUGUUUAAAAAGUUAAAGUUCACGACUCUUUUAGAGCAUAUCCUUUCUUCAUCUAACGUCGACGCCACUCAAAUGGCUAUUGCUGUCUCCAGAACAUGCAAGUUGAUCAAUGCCACAUCAACUGUAGAGAUCACCUUUGAACAUUCGUGUUCAAUAUUAUCUAAUACUAUUUUGCUUGUCCUAAAGACAGAUGAAUCGAUAUUCGAUGACGAAAAGAGAAACGUACUUAUUCAAGAAAUAAUAACUUUAAUUGGAUUCGAUAAUUUACCGGAAAUAAACCAUAAAUUAUCUAUUUUGUUCUGCAAUGAAUUACUUCUCUCGAUUCUUAAAUAUUUGGUAUACUGCAACGAAAAUAACACUUUACAAGCCAACCAUAAUAUGACUAAUAAAUUUUCUACUUACUUAGGGAAAUAUCUUUUUGGGAGAGAUAUUAACCCACUACUCCUAUUAGACAAGUUUUUCCAUAGAAAUAAGGAUCUACUGGAUGGUAAUGUAGUGACAGUUCUGUUUGAAGAAGCAAAUAAAUAUAUAGCUAAGAACGAUUUUAAGAAAUUAGAGACUAUCUUUGAAAAUAUUGUUGCGGUUCAACCAUCGGUAGUAGUGAAAUUAUUACAAUUAUUAUCUUCGACCAAGAAAACUAUGUCCCACGAUUUCCUUGAAAAAUUAUUCUUGCAAACUUUGGACAAUGCAUCAUCUACCAAAACGUACGACUCUACAUUUUGGUUGUUACUCGGUAACAUUUUGGAAUUGGAUUUAGAAAUUGGUAUUCAAAAAUCGCCAAUUUUAUUGAGUUUAAUAGAAGAACAAAGGAUAUCUCAGUCAGAUAAUGAACACAUCUUGGAUGUUUGGAAAAAAUUCUUAAAUUGUUACAUAAAUGCAAGAGAGUAUCCCCAAUUCCUAAAAAUAUUUGAAAAAUACUGUUACGAGAACAAUACCGUUCUAAACUCUUGUAUAUAUCUAAAUGAUCCAAAGGUAAUUCAAGAGAUAAUUAAAAAUAUCGCAACAUUAUCCGUUAGUCAACUAAAAGACACUUUCACCGAGAUGGUAACGAAACUUAUGUCACAGGAAGCUAAUAAAGUAACCAUAUCUAUAUCGAAAAUCUAUCUGAAGAGUUUGCCUCUAAUUUCUUAUAUCAUUUUACCUGACCUAAAAGAUACACUUUCACAACUGUUUACGUAUACCGACAGUAAUGCUAAGGAAAUGUGGGAAAUUAAAUAUCUUAUCAUGCAGAUCUAUGAUGAUAUAAUUCCAGAUGAAGUAAUUUCCGAUGUCACCGACACUGAAGUAACAAGAAUAUUUAAAAUGGAUAAUAUCUUGUCCAAGGACCAAUUAUUUUUUAUAUUAAAAUUAAGAGAAUACAAAGAUUUCGAUAUUAGCGAGACUGAAGCGAAAUUAAUACAUUAUUUAGAAAAUAUCGAUGACCUAACCAAAAGAGAAACAUUAAAAGAAUUAUUUGUGAAUUGGUCAUCACUAAUCAAUAACUUGUUUUCCAAAGAGACAAUCUUAAAAUUAAUAAAUAUAUUAAUAUCUGAAAGUUGUAUUUCUAUCUUGGAUUCACUUUUCGAGAACGAUGACAUCUUUGAGGAGAAUACAGUGAUGAAUAAUUUAGUUUUCUCUUUAACAUCCAAGAAUUCAAUAAAUAAAGCAAUCCCAUAUAUUAUCCAAAUUCCACUCGAAUGUCUGAAUAAGAAUAUUAGGGUAUCAUUGAUUAAUAACAUUACAACUAAAAAUACAAUUUGUGAUGCGGAUUUGAAAUUACUAGACCACCUAUUAUCCAGUCCUACUUUUAAAAGUCAAAUUGAGAACGAUUUCGAUACCCUCUUAAAAAUCAUGGAAUACCCUAAACAUGCAACAACAAAUAUGGAGUCUGAAGUAAAUUUAAUUUUUCAAAAAGUGUUGAAAAACCACAUUUCACAAUCCAAAGAAAGAAUUAGUAGAGAUUUUCUUCAGCUAUUGGAAGAAAAAAUUUCAAUUGGUAUCAAUAAUGAGCAGUUUUUUGAAGCUUAUUUCACGAUGGCUGUUUUAUUUGUAAAGUCUUCAAGUUAUACUGACCAAGAUAAGUUAGUAAACAUAUUUGUUGAUAAAUCAAUUGAAUGGAUAUCAAAGUUCAGUGAUAAGAAUGAUGAUUCACAUAUAGCAUUUGUUUCUAGAAACUUAUACGAUGGACUAAAAGAUAUAGAUAUUUCAAAGAAAACCUCAUCAAGAAUCGCUUCUUUUAUUAGAGGGAUGACGAAGGAUUUUAACAUGGCUACUAAACAAAUGAAUAAAUCUACCCUUCCGUUGUUUUUGCUACAUACAAUUUCUUUUGAUGAGAGAUUGGAAAUCUUAUAUGCCCAAUAUUUGAUAUUGAGGGAUAGCGGUAUUUCAAAAAACGAAUUACUACCAGCAAUCAAUAAUAUAGUUAUUAGGAGGAGUGUUCUAAACGAAAACGAAUUCAAUAAUGCCUUAAUUUCCACAAUAAUUUCUUUGAGCGAUGAAACAAGUAAUACGACACGUUGUGCCAUUCUGGAGUUAUUACAAAUACAAAUGAUAAACAUCAAUAAGGAGAACAUACUGGGUUCUAAAUUAUUUGUCAAAUUCAUUUCAGAAGUGUUCUCGAAUAUAGCACAACUUCAAGAAAACUCGCAAGAAAUUCUAGAUAUUUGUAAUCUUAUCUGUGACCUCCAAGUAUCAAAAUCUUGGAUUUUCUCUCAGUAUGGUAUUGAAAUUUUAUUUCCAUUCUGUCUUAGAGUUACUCUAUUGCAAGGUAUUGAUAAAUCACACAAAGAUUCAAUAUUCAUAGCAUCUACCAAAAUUAUUUCCAAUAUCCUGAACUUUAGUAGAAUUAAGGUGUCGAAUCGUAACAACUUAGUUAACAGUUUACUUUGUGAAUAUCUGGAACUAAUUUGCAGUAGCCGAAAACAUGGUUUGUCAACGGAGUCGGCAAUAGCAUUUUCAAGAUUAGUGGUCAAUUAUUGUGAACCUUCAAAUGCCUCGUCAACUAAUACAAGAAAUAACAAUAAGUUAAGUUCAAAUACUAGCACUUUUAAGAAAACGGUAAGAAAAUACAUUCCCGCCCUUUUAAUCAAGCAUGUCUAUUUAUGCAUUUCUGGCACUUUUGAAGACAACAUUAGAAAGUGCAUCACACCCGCAAUAUAUGCGAUUUUGGAUUUAAUUUCACAGAACGAGUUAAACAUGAUCAACAGAGUAUUAGAUAAUUCUGGUAGACAAUACUUUAAAGUUCUGUACGCAGACUACAAAAGACUUGGUAAAUGGCACGAAAGUUAA